UUUCGGGAAGUAGGACACUAGCAGUGUCCUGCAGCGGCUGAUUGUUGUGGGAGAAAAGUUCCAGUAGCUUUUUUUAAAGCAAAAUUAUAUAGUGGAACCACACAGGAAACCUAAGUGACGCGAUUGUUUUUAAGUGUAUCCCAGUGUGGGAGUUAGUUGGCUGCGGAUUUAUUUUGUACAGGUUUGCUGAGCUGAGCCUUUGGGCCCACUGAUUGCAGAGUCUUGUCAGUCCUGCUGCAGGCAGCAUAAUGCGAGUUUGUUGGUUGGUGAGUAAAGAUGGGAGGCACCAACCAAUACGACUUGCGCAUGCAGUCUGUGUUAUGAUUGGAAGAAGCCCUGAAACCAAAAUAACAGAUAAAAAGUGUUCACGGCAUCAAGUACAGCUGAAAGCAGAUUACAAUAAGGGAUAUGUUCUUGUAAAACAGUUGGGCAUAAAUCCAAGCAAUGUCAAUUCUGAAGACUUGAGAAGAGAUCAAGAGGUGAAGUUAAAGCCAGGACAGGAUCUAUACGUUGUCAAUCGGCUCUACCCAUACUCCAUAAGGUUUGAAGAAGGGACCUCGGACAGGGACACGUUGUCACCAAAGAGAACACGUGAAGAGAUUUGUCCAAACAGUAGCUCCAAUAUGUCAAAUAAACAUCUGAAGACUGAGGACUCCAAUCCAAGACAGUACCACACAUUUAACUCGAAGUCUGAAGAGAAGAAAGAGAAGACAAAAGAUGGGCAUUUGGCAGAAAAUAGCAGCAACUCGGUGACUCUGGUAAACUCCUCUGAUGCCUCGGGAAGAAAAGAUUUUAAAGGAAUGUGGAGUCAGGGACUAAAGGUCUCCAUGCAGGACCCCAAAAUGCAGGUGUAUAAAGAUGAUAAAGUUGUUGUAAUUAAGGACAAAUAUCCAAAGGCCCGAUUUCACUGGCUGGUUUUGCCAUGGGAAUCUCUCUCUGAUCUGAAGGUUGUGGGGAGGGAUCACUUAACUCUACUUCAACACAUGCACCAAGUUGGCCAAAAGCUGGUGCAAGAAUGUCUGGAUACCGACACACUGAAAUUUCGGCUCGGUUACCAUGCUAUUCCCAGCAUGAGCCACAUUCACCUUCAUGUGAUCAGCCAAGACUUUGAUUCACCUUGCUUGAAAACCAAAAAACAUUGGAAUUCAUUUACUACAGACUAUUUUCUGGAAUCAGAAGAUGUAAUGAAGAUGGUGGAACAGAAUGGAAAAGUGACAGUCAAGGACGGAGUAGCUGAAUUAUUAAAACUCCCACUCAUGUGCCAUGUCUGCCAGCAGCAACAAUCCACCAUUCCACAGUUGAAACAGCACUUGAAAAAGCACUUGUCUUGAAACGUUCUGCAGUUCAGAAUGCUUCUAUGAGUCUCUCCAUUGGCAUUGACUCCAAAGAUUUCCAUUCAUUGCUCAGCUCUACAGGUCGACAAGAACUAUUAAAUUUGAAAUUGACCAAUAAAGAGUGAAGAAGCAUUCUAUGAAGCACCUCAGUUUUGUACUUGUUUCAUAACCCUGCUAAAUGACAAAGAUAUGUGUCAUCUGCUGGAACUAUUUUAAUGUUUCAGUGGAAUGCUGAUGGUGUUCAGUGGAAGACUGAUAAUUUUUUUUUAGAUUAGACUUAGUGUGGAAACAGGCCCUUCGGCCCAACAAGUCCACACCGACCCGCCGAAGCGCAACCCACCCAUACCCCUACAUUUACCCCUUACCUAACACUACGGGCAAUUUAGCAUGGCCAAUUCACCUGACCCUCACGUCUUUGGACUGUGGGAGGAAACCGGAGCACCCGGAGGAAACCCACGCAGACACGGGGAGAAUGUGCAAACUCCACACAGUCGGUCGCCUGAGUUGGGAAUUGAACCCGGUUCUCAGGCGCUGUGAGGCAGCAGUACUAACCACUGUGCCACCGUGCUGCCCACUUAACCUUUUCUUAACCUUUAGCUACAAACUGUGAUGGAUGCAUCACCAAAAUAGAAGAUGUUCUUGCAUUGUAGUCAGAGGUUGAAGUUUGACACUAUAAAUGGACUAUAGUAACACAGAUAAAUGUAAGUUUUCUAAACGAGCACCAUUUCCGAACCCAAGAAUGGGAAAGGAAUAAUUCCCUGUACUGUCAGGAGAACAUUCCCCUGAGAGGAAUGAGUUCCCACCUUAUGGUUCCAGUGAAGACUUCUGCAUUCCAGUUAUUACAUUAUACCAACUGAAUCUGUUGAGUACAGUUGUCAAAUUAAUAAAUUUAAUUUGGAUAAAGUCAAA